AUGAGUCUAAGCGUUGCAAACAGCAAGAGCCGGUCGAUGGCUAAGAUUCACUUAUGGAUCGAUAAUCAACAACAUACUUCAGAUAUUGUUUUCCCCAUUGUCAACAACGAAAGUGGUAUCACGGUCCAUGAAGCAUAUGGAGCAAACCCUGAGCUAGCAGUUCAAGCCGCGGAAAGUGCUAAUAGGGCAUUCUUCAGCUGGCGGAAGACUACUCCAUGGUAUCGACGCCAAAUGCUGCUCAAGGCCGCUGACUACUUACGGCACAAGCGAGAUCAAGUGGCGGAUUUAAUACGUCUCGAGACUCCUGCACCAGAUGUGACGAUUGAAAAGGUCAAUAUAGAUAGCUCCAUCGAGCUCCUGGAGGAGUUGGCUGGGGCCAUCACCAUCGCCAGCGCAGGAGUCGUGCCACACACUCGUGAUGCCAACACGAUGGCCAUGAUCAUCAAAGAACCAUACGGAGUCCAUUUGGGCAUUGCUCCGUGGAACGCGUCUCUGUUCCUAGCUAUGCGGGCUGUCUUGACACCCAUAGCCUGCGGCAACACCGCUAUCCUUAAAGCGUCCGAGUUCAGUCCAGCCAUUCAUCAGUGGAUUGGGAAAAUGCUUGCCGAUGUGGGAUUUCCUCCGGGCGUCCUCAACAUCGUGCAGCAUCGUCGGCAGGAUGCGCCCCAGGUCUUGGAGGCUUUGAUCGCCCACCGAGCGGUGAAAAAGGUCAAUUUCACCGGAAGUACCGCCGUCGGGAGUAUCGUGGCAGGCGUGGCAGCUCGAUACUGCAAACCGACCUUGAUGGAAUUGGGAGGCAAAGCCCCUCAGGUGGUUCUUGAGGAUGCAGAUCUGGAUGCUGCUGCCCAAGCUGCUGUUACUGGUGCCCUUUUACAUCACGGUCAAAUCUGCAUGUCUACAGAUGUUGUGAUCGCUCAUGCGUCCAUCGCGAAAAAACUAACAGAAAAGAUGGUCAGUAUCACGGCAUCCUGGCCCAUGACUUCUGCGGUGAGUGAAGCAGGAGUGGCAAAAACGGAGACCCUGAUUCGAGAUGCUCUUGCACACGGCUCCUCUUUGGCGAAUCCACCCCCGAACAACGACCAGGACUCCGUACUCCGAGAAGCACCUUCGAGGCUUCGUCCCGUUAUAUUGACCAAAGUCACCCCAAAGAUGCGCAUCUACCACGAAGAGAGUUUUGGGCCGGCAGUUUCAAUCCUCGAGUUCGACAGUGACGAUGAAGCUCUGAGGCUGGCCAAUGAAUCUAUUUACGGUCUCUCAGCCAGCAUUUUCACCGAGAAUGUCCCUCGUGCGUUGAGGAUUGCUAGACAGAUCGACGCUGGGGCUGUCCAUAUUAACUCAAUGUCCAUUCACGAUGAGCAACAACUCCCACACGGAGGCACAAAGUCAAGUGGUUGGGGUCGGUUUGGUGUUCCAUGGAGUUUCGAUGAAUUCCUCCAGCUCAAAACUAUCACGGUCACAUCCAAGUAUUUGGAAGCGUGA